UUUUUAUAGGUUAUUAUACAUCAUCGGUUUUUUUUGCUCUUCAAAUGAUAUUGUACAUAUAAUCCUGUGACAAUGUGGAAAUACUUGUCAUCGUGGAUUUGGGGCUCGGAACCGGCCGAACUGCUGUCAGUCGAUGAGGCCUACAACAUUUUAGAAGAAGCGAAGUCCGAAGAAGUGCAGGAGGACAAUUCGGACGCAGAACAAGAUGAAAGUGAUUACUUACUGUGUCAGAAAACUGGUGUGAUAACAGAAAUAUCAGGAACCACUUUAAAAAUCGAUGAUAUUUAUUCAUACACUUGUGAAGACGAGAGUUUCAGAGUCGGCUCUAAAAUCUCCUACAAGGUAUACAAAACGGGCCACAAGUUUAAAGUGACAGAAGUAAACCUGAUCGAAAGCGAUUGGGAUUUAAUUGAGACAAAAAAAUCGACGUGGUGUGAAAGAGUGAUGGUGUGUCAAGUAGAAAAACGCGAUGGAAGGAACAUUAUAUUGAAGGAAAAUCAACUGACUGUUGAUUUGAAUGAUGUGACUACAGAGUUCAUUCCAAUAGUUGGUGACUGGCUGCAGCUCGAAGUCAAAUGUGAAAUUGACGAAAGUGUCUCUGAUCUUUGUGGUAAAGUUUUAGAAGUUACCAAAAUCUCCCCAGUUAGGCCUCAUGUAAAACAAUGUAAAAUAACAAACUAUGAUGUUGAUUUGAAUGCUGGAACUAUUGAUACAUUUAUUUAUUUUAAUGGAGACUCAUUGCCAUUUGGUUUUGUGCCUGUAAAGGGUGACAGUGUUGUGGCAGAAGUUAUUGAAAGUGAACAAGGCUCCUGUACAUGGAGAGCAUUGAAAAUUAUCACUGAAGGUAAAAUUGGCAUUAAUCAACUAAUUAUUGAUGACUCAAGCAUUGAAGAUGUGGUUUUUUGCAAUGAAAAAAUCAGCAUUCAAUCUGAAACAAUUUUAGUAAAUGAUUUACAGAAAAACCCACAAUUUUUUGUAUUAAUUGAAAACUCAAGUGAAUUUCCAGUUCUUAUAAAGAAUAUUACAUUUCCAAAGACUCAGCAGUGUAAAGUUGUGGUCAGCUUUGAAAGCUAUGAGUUAAAGGGCAAUGAAACUAAAAAAAUCAUUUGUAAAUUUGAAGGCAAAAGAAUGGGUGAGAAUAAAGAACUUCUGGUGGUUGAAUGUGAAGAUGUUAAACUAGGACAUUGGAUACGUUUCUCAAUUGGCAAACAAAAUCGGAAAGAAGUGCAAUUUGUACGUAAAUAUAAUAGGUAUAUUAAUCACCCUACUAGUGAAUUAAUAAAAGGGCAACAACUAACAUCUCAGUGUAGAUAUGUGGCAAUUAAAAUACCUCCAUAUACUGUAUUAAAGAAGCUAUUGGACAUUUAUGCUGAUUAUACUACAAAUGAACACAAUAAAAUUAGAGAAGAAUUAAAGAAAGUUAAACCGUGUUUGUUUACUAAUUUAACGGCAAUGAAUUAUGAAGACAGGUACCACACCAUGUUGUAUCUAGAAGAAAUAAGUCAGAUGAUUUACGCCCAAAAUUAUAAUCAAGAUUUGGCCUGUUUUAUACACAAUGGAGAUUUUCUAAUGUUAGAAAUUCCAAAUUUGUUAGAGAAAAGACCGAGUUUAAUUCCCGGCGACACGAUUGUCGCAACUCAUCCAACCAAACCGGAAAUAUCUUUUGAAGGAAUCAUACACAAAACCACCUGCCAACAUGUCUACCUAAAAUUCUCACAAACCUUCCAUGAAACGUACACCGGCGAAGAUUAUUCAAUCAGAGUUGUGUGCUCCAGAGGAUUGUAUAGGAGACUGCAUCAUGCCGUUUAUUUGGCGAUGAGCAACUUGGGCAGAGACAUUUUAUUCUGCCACCAACUGAAAGAGAAACCACCCAACGUGAACGUGAAACUUGAAUCCAUGCCGACCAAAUUGACACCCUCACAAGCAUUGAAAAUCAUACAGGAUAUCAAAAACGGCAAAACACCAUCCAACACCAAUAAGGAUAACCUUAAGCUUGUGCUGAAUGGUAAGACGGUAAUAGAAUGGUACAACAAAUCCCUAAACAUUUACCAAAAGGCGGCGGUGACUAAUAUAUUGCUGGGAACGGCACGGCCUCUACCGUACAUAGUAUUUGGACCUCCCGGUACCGGGAAGACCGUCACACUCAUUGAAACGAUACUGCAGAUACUCCGCCUGAUACCGCACUCUCGAUUGCUGGUCACUGCACCAUCGAACAGUGCGGCCGAUUUGUUGGCCAUGCGGCUGGUCGAUUCUGGCGUUCUAAAGCCAGGCGAUUUGGUCAGGUUGAUCUCCUAUUCUUACAUGAUCACUGAAAACCUGCCGGAGAAACUGGUGCCUUAUUCGGCCACUGUUACCAUCGGUGUUAGCGGCACGAUCAAUGAGGGGGAAAUGCACAAAUCUGGACUCAGAUUAGGUUGUAGCAGCGCUUCGAUUGGCCGACACCGUAUCACUGUAACAACGUGUGGAACUACAGGAAAAUUAUUCCAGUGCAAGUUCAGACGGGACCACUUCACCCACAUUGUGGUGGACGAAGCGGGACAAGCCAUGGAACCAGAAGUUUUAAUGCCGAUAUCGUUUUUAAACGCAUAUUCCGGCCAAGUAAUACUCGCAGGUGACCCCCUUCAGUUGGGUCCGGUGAUCACCAACUAUUUCGCCAAGGAAAACGGCCUGAGCGAGUCUCUGAUGGAGCGACUGCUGAACAGGUUUCCAUAUUUGAAAGACGCGGAAAGCUUUCCCGAAACGGCUGGUUAUGACCCUCGUUUAGUUACGCAAUUGAGAUACAACUAUCGUGCUGUGGAAACGUUGCUGAAGUUGACCAGUUCCAUUUUCUAUGCCAACCAACUGUUGCCGACCAUUUCGGACACAGACAGCAAAGAGGGUUUGGCGUUGCAGCGACUGAAAGAGAUUUUACCCGGCACGAGGUCCGGAAAGGUGCCGUGCAUCGUAUUUCACGGCGUAAACGGCGAAAAUUUGCGCUCUCCCGAUUCUCCGUCUUGGUAUAACCCCCACGAAGCUGCUCAGAUUUUCUACUAUGUCAACGAACUGUACAGAAUGAGUGUCAAAAGCAGCGACAUAGGAAUUAUCACCCCUUAUUUGAAACAAGGAAGAGAAAUACGUUCAGUUCUGAACGAAGCCGAGUUCGACUUGCCCAAAAUCGGUUCCGUCGAAGAGUUUCAAGGACAAGAAUUUCCGAUUAUUUUGGUAUCCACAGUGCGUUCGCAUGAAUCAUAUAUUCGAGGUGAUGUCGAAGCAAAUAUUGGAUUUGUUUCUUGUCCCAGAAGGAUAAACGUCACAAUAUCGAGAGCUCAAAUGUUGCUAAUUAUAGUUGGCUGUCCUAAUGUUCUUACUACAGAUGUGACUUGGAGAACUAUUAUUAAAUAUUGUAUUGACCAUGGUUCAUAUAUUGGUUGUGAACUUCCUAAUUCUUACGAUUGUUAAUUUUUAAAUAAUUUAUUCAAUUAUAUUGUAUAAUUUUUUUGUUUAUUUAAUUGUUGACAUUGAUUUUAUAUAUUUUUAAAUAAACACGCUGAAAAUAAAGUU